UGCGCUUCACAAACUGCUUCACUCUAAACAAGUUCUCUAUCAAUUCGAUUGAGAUAGCAGGAUUGCGAUGAUGCAGCUCUAUCACGUUGUGCCUCUUUUCUGCUUGCUUGCAAGCGGUGCCUUCGGAAUUCGCCUCGUAAACAACGGAUACAGAGACGUUGUGGUUGCCAUAAACAGAGAUGUAGAGGAGGACGCCUCCCUCGUACAAACAAUCAAGAAUCUCGUCACGGAUGCUUCUCCUGUCCUCUACCGUGCAACUAGGAAGCGUGCUUAUUUUGACCAAGUGACUAUUGUCGUACCCGAGACGUGGAAAGAUAAAUCUGAGUAUCUUGCAGCCACGGCAUAUGAAACGUACAGCAAUGCAAAAGUCAGAAUCAAUCCUCCUGAAGUAAUAGGAGGAGUUGAGUCCAACAGUGCAUUUGUUGAGUCGAUAGCUGUCUGUGGACAGCCAGGAUUUUACAUGCACAUAACGCCGAAAAGGAUAUCAGACAAGUGGUGGGCGAGUGCCAGUCCACCUCACAAGAUGUUUGUCCACGAAUGGGGCCAUCUCCGUUGGGGCCUCUUUGAUGAAUAUUAUCAAUCAUUCUAUGGACCAGAUUUUGAUGGAAGACCGGCUCGUUGCGUGGAAAAGGUUCAAGCUACAAGAACUCCCUCUGGAUACUGGAGAUUCAGCACUAAUGGAGUUUCUGCAUCCAUGAUGUGGAAGCAAUAUUAUAAUGAUGUGGUGGAGUUUUGUGAUGACAGUGACAAUGCAACAGUAAAACACUAUCGUGAUGCCAACAAUGCUCACAAUCGAUUUUGCAAUAUGAAAUCUUCCUGGGAAGUGAUGAGAGAAUCUGAUGACUUUGCAAAGGGUGCCAAUCUACCUCGUGAGAUCGCCUCAGUCGAACCAACAUUCAGGGUUGUUCGCAAGAAGUCCGCUGCUCCUGCAAUUGUUCUUGUGCUUGAUAUCUCCAACAGCAUGUUUUUAAAUGGACGAAUUGAUAGUCUUCGUCAAGCAGCAAACACAUACAUUAAUGAAAUCAAAGAGGGAUCCUUUGUUGGUAUUGUCUUCUUCAACAACAAAGCCAUAAUUAGACGGAAUCUGGUCCAAAUCACCGACCAGAAAUCCAGAAACAAAUUGAUCAAUAGCUUGCCAAGUUAUGAUAACCUCGGUGGACUGACAAGCAUUGGAGCAGCUAUUCUCAAAGCACUAGGAGUUCUUAAACAUGCAAGUACUGCCAAAAAGCAACUAGUGAUUGCUACAGAUGGAACUGAAACAGACGGCCCAUACAUUAAUGACGAAAACGUCCAACAAAGCAUUGAAAAAGCAGGAGUUGUGAUCCACACAAUUGGUAUUGGUGAAUCGGCUGAUGAGAAACUCAGCUCUCUCUCUGACAAAACGGGUGGCAAGGCAUUCUUUCAUGAUGAAAAGUCAGAUGAGUCAUCAGGACUGCAGGAAGCUGUUGCAACUAUAAUUGAGGUUGAUAGUAAUGAUGAGGAUCCACUGUAUCAACUGAGUCGGCAGAUGGUGACUAUCAAUAGUAAAGCUACCUACAGUGGAUCAGUUGACUUUGAUGAUGGCAUUGGUCAGGACACUGUAUUCAAUCUCUUUUGGUCAUCAAAAAAGUUUCGUGUCAAGAGGCUGAAGCUGAGUGUCAAAUCAGCAAAUGGGAAAGUGUACAAAUAUAGAAAAACUAGAGGACCGAUCUAUUGUAAUUCAAACUUCAUGAUGUGUACAUUGAAAGUGACAGGAUGGACUCAGCCUGGAAAAUGGACUAUCACUGUAUCAAACAGAGACAAGAUUCCUAUCUCUAUAUCAUGGGAGGUCUGGUCACGCAAGCCAACAAAUGCCGAAAACGCCAUCACUCUGAGCACACACCUGACUAGAACUGAUGUCUCCUUCCCACAACUUAUUGUCAUCACAGCUUCUCUGAUGAAAGGCACUCGUCCAGUUGUCGAUGCUGUUGUAACAGCAAUUGUUACACGUCCUGGUGCUUCACCCACCCACAUUCAUCUCCAAGACAACGGAGCUGGAGCUGAUUUGAUGCCAUUUGAUGGGUUAUACUCGGCAACAUUCACACAGUUCACUGUUGACGGCUACUACAGUGUCAGGGUUGUUGCUAACCAGAACAACCAAAACAAGCAAAAUUUCACCCUCAAUGAGGACUUUAACAACAUGAUGGCAGCCAAGCAGGCACGUCUUGGUUUUCGAUAUGUUACUGAUGACUUGCCACCUGACUACUCCAACAUAAUAAAAGCCCCAGAACCUAAGAGUGGCGAAAAGGGUGAUCUCUUGCCAGCAUUCCAAAGAAUUCAGGUACCAGGAACGUUCAAGGUGAAGAACCUACCUCUGUCUGAAGUAGAUGUUUUUCCACCAUCGCGAAUCGUGGACUUGGUCGGUCAAGUGACACCUAACGAUGAAGUGCAGCUGUCAUGGACAGCACCAGGAGGUGACCUCGACAAUGGUCAAGCUUCUGCUUACAGCAUUCGAGUCAGUAAUAACUUCGAUGACUUGGUGGACAAGUUCAAUCAACAACAUGAACUCAUGCCUGCCAGCCUUCUAUCAUCAUCCAGCUUUAAAAUCAACAAACCCAAAAUGUCUGGCCUUAAAGAAUUAGUCACAUUCUCAAGUCCCGUGAAAGCAAAAAUGGUUUUUGUGGCUGUCAAGACUCGUGACAACAAUCACUGGUCUGAAAUCUCAAACGUGGUUCAUGUUUCAUUUAAGCGAUUGGCGAAUCAAGUGGCUUGCACAUGCCCAGUCAAGCCAAAACUGACAAGUGCGAUAUGCACACAAGAUUUCGUCUUCGUUGGAACUGUGGCCAGAAUAACCAACAACAUCAUUCGUUUUCGUUCAGGAGCCGAAUUCCUGAAGUCGAGAUUCAGUUUCCCGGCGAGACUUUUCCCACAAGUAAAACUUGACAUCACCAGCCGUGAUGUAAACGGCUGUCUGUGCCCAGAGAUGCCUCAAGUCGGACAGACAUACGUAAUGAGUGGAAAUAUUCGAGGCCAAUUGAAAGUCACCAACCAAAGCUACCUGCAAAAGGCGCCAAGUGACAUGGCAGCAUUACGAGACAUGGUGACCAAGACAAGGGCAGCAUGUUGAUUGCUAACUCAAGACUCAUUAGUAUUUUCAUGUUUUAACUUAUUUUAUUGACAUUUGUAAUUGCUCCAGAGGAGACUAAAUAACAAACUAACUUACCAAUAAUAUGCUCUUCUGUAUGACUAAUACUAGUGAACGAAAAUAGAAUAGAAGAAUUGUA